AUGCAUGCCUCUCCAAUCAAGCUUCUGGCCCUUUCCGCUAGCACCGUCUCUGCCGCCGUCCACGUCGUCAAGGUCGGUGAGAACGGCUUAAACUUCACACCUGCACAGACGUCCGCGAAAAUAGGAGACACAGUAGAGUUUCAUUUCUACGAAGGCUUCCACUCCGUUGCCCAGAGCAGCUUCGCCAAGCCCUGUGAGCCCAUCAACAGCACUGCCUUCUUCAGCGGUGACCAGAAUGUCAAGACCAAGGUCAGCGAUAAGGUCUUCACCAUCGAGGUCAAGACCGACGAUCCCAUCUGGUACUACUGCGCUGUCCAAGGACAUUGUCAAGGGGGCAUGGUAGGGGCCAUAAAUGCUCCUACCAGCGGUGCUAAGAGCUUUGACAACUACGCCAAGGCUGCCGCCGACUCUGAAGAUAGCUCUGCUCCCAAGUCCACCGGAGGAGGCACACUUGGAGCUGCUGAGACAGGAAGCGCCUCAGGUUCUGCCUCUGGUACAGCCACCGCCACUGCUACGGAGAGCGGAACUGCUGCCAGCGCUUCAGCAACAGAGAGCGGCAACGCCGGUAUCGAGGCUCGAGGACAGAUCCAGUGGGGUCUUAUGAGCGGCGCCAUUGCUGCCCUCUUUGGCGGCCUGAUGAUGUAG